AUGGAUGUAGACGAUGAAGAAAACAUGAGUUCGAGCAGCACUGAUGUUAAAGAAAACCGCAACGUGGACAACGUUCCCCCCAAGGACAGCGGUGGGCAAGGUGCCGGGGAGGGGACGCAGCUCCCCAACGGCGCUGGCAGCAGCAGCAGGAAGCGGCCUUUGGAGGAGGGCAACAAUGGCCACUCCAAAUUUCGCCCGAAGAAGAGGAAGAAAACGCCCGGCCCCGUUCUGCCAAAGAAUGCCCUGAUGCAACUUAAUGAGAUUAAACCUGGUUUACAGUACAAACUCCUCUCCCAGACAGGGCCAGUCCAUGCCCCCAUGUUCGUGAUGGCAGUCGAAGUCAACGGGCAGGUAUUCGAGGGCUCUGGCCCGACGAAAAAGAAAGCCAAGCUUCAUGCCGCCGAGAAGGCUCUGCGGUCUUUCGUCCAGUUUCCCAACGCCUCGGAAGCCCACCUGGCGAUGGGGAGGACUCUGUCAGUCAACACGGACUUCACCUCUGACCAAGCGGACUUCCCUGACACCCUUUUCAACGGGUUCGAAACACCGGUCCCUUCCGAUGCUUCCUUUUACCUGGGGUCCAAUGGGGAUGGGUCCUUUAGCUCUAGCGUGGACUACGGUUUGCCGUCAUCUGCUGUAGCCAGCAGCCUUUCCCAAUCUCCUCUCCCCGCACCACCGCCCUACCCCUCCGCCAGCGGGAAGAACCCCGUCAUGAUCCUCAACGAGCUGCGGCCGGGCCUGAAGUACGAGUUUCUCUCGGAGAGCGGGGAGAGCCACGCCAAGAACUUUGUCAUGGCCGUGGCAGUAGACGGUCAGACUUUUGAAGGCUCGGGAAGGAAUAAAAAGUUGGCAAAAGCUCGGGCUGCUCAGUCAGCCCUGGCAUCCUUGUUUAACAUGCAGCUGGACCAGACCCCAUCUCGACAGCCCAUUCCCAGUGAGGGGCUCCAGUUACACUUGCCCCAGGUUUUAGCUGAUGCUGUUGCACGCCUGGUUGUAGAUAAAUUCAGUGAUUUGACAGAAAAUUUCACAUCUCCACAUGCACGUAGAAAAGUCCUUGCUGGAAUUGUCAUGACAACAGGUACAGAUGUGAAAGAUGCCCUGGUAAUAAGUGUUUCUACAGGAACAAAAUGCAUCAACGGUGAAUACAUGAGUGAUCGUGGUCUUGCAUUAAAUGAUUGCCAUGCAGAAAUUAUAUCUCGUCGGUGCCUGCUUAAAUUUCUGUAUACACAACUAGAGCUUUAUCUAAGCAAUAAAGAAGAUCAACAAAAAUCCAUUUUUAUCAAAUCGGAGCGAGGCGGGUUUAAGCUGAAGGAGAAUGUGCAGUUUCAUCUCUAUAUCAGCACCUCUCCCUGUGGCGACGCGAGGAUUUUCUCACCGCACGAAGCAGCACAAGAGGGUAUGACGGUGGGACUACUCAAGCCAGGGGCUGUAAAACUCUUGGAGGGUGUUUCUCAGCUGAUUGUAAGCUAUUCUUGUCGUUUAGAUCAAGGGGACAGGCACCCAAACCGCAAAGCGAGAGGACAGCUACGGACAAAAAUAGAAUCUGGGGAAGGGACCAUCCCCGUGCGCUCUACUACCACUAUCCAAACCUGGGAUGGCGUACUGCAAGGAGAAAGGCUGCUUACCAUGUCCUGCAGUGACAAGAUUGCGAGGUGGAACGUAUUGGGUAUUCAAGGAGCCUUACUUAGCCUCUUUGUGGAGCCAAUUUACUUCUCUAGCAUCAUCUUGGGGAGUUUAUAUCAUGGGGAUCAUCUAUCCAGAGCCGUAUACCAGAGGAUAGCAGAGAUAGAAGAUCUACCACCUCUUUAUACACUCAACAGACCUUUACUUAGUGGUAUUAGCAAUGCGGAAGCCCGUCAACCAGGGAAAGCACCGAACUUCAGCGUCAACUGGACCGUAGGAGACACGGGUCUUGAAGUUAUUAAUGCUACAACCGGCAAAGAUGAGAUGGGCCGUGCGUCCCGCCUUUGUAAGCAUGCUUUUUACAGCCGCUGGAUGCGUGUUCAUGCAAAGGUAUAUCUUCCAGACUUGCGCUCAAAGGUCCUCAAGCCUAACCUGUACCACGACACCAAGCAAGGAGCCGCUGAGUAUCAAACUGCCAAAGAGUGUUUGUUUAAAGCAUUCCUGAAGGCAGGACUUGGAGCCUGGGUGGAGAAGCCCAUAGAACAGGAUCAGUUUUCUCUCACGGUCUAAUUCACAGACUGCACAUCACUUUGGAAAGGAGGGUGUUCUGGAAAUUCCUGGUGUCCAGUGUUGCUUUCUGGCAUCUCCACAGCUGUCAAAACAUCUUUUUACCGUUUGGAGUUGGGUUUUUUCCUUUUUUUUUGAAACUGCAUAGUAACUGUUUCUGUUUUGCCUCAGCAUUGGAACUCAAUGACGAUCUGACACAUAGUUGUAUAUUUUGUUUAUGAGAAAGUAAUUUCUGGUGUAUUUCUAGAAAUACUUUUACUGUAGAAAACUUGCAGUAAGGCUGUCCUUACAGUAUACAAUGACUCAUUUUUUCUGGGUUAAAAUAAUUUCUUUUUUUAAUUCAAUGUCAUCGAGUGCAUGAAGAAAUGAAAGUUUCUCUAGGUUUUACACCACACUUUUAGGAAGUAGCUUGAUUUUUUUUAAAAGAAAAUAGGUGACAAAGCUGAUUCUACUCCUCUGUUAACUUGUUUUUGAACUGCAGAUGUUUCUAGCGCGUAGACCACAGAGCCAGAAUGAAGUCUGGACAGCUAGUUUUUCCCCACUUCCUUGCUCUUUAAAACCAGCUGCUGAAAAUUUCAUGUCUUUGAUGUAUGUAUUUAUUAGUCUGUGACCCAGUUUUUAACAUGCAGCUUUUUAUUCUGUUUUUAAAAAUACAUUUACCUCCCAUUUACACACA